AUCUUGUUCCCAGGGGCAGUUGGCGGAAGAGAUCGCGCUCCUUGGCCGCUGGCUCCUCUUCGCCCGGGAGUUCUCGCGUCCCGCGUCUCGGCGCCUGCUCUCCGCCCGGGGCCCAUUUGCCGGCGUCCCCGCGGCCCUUCCUCCCCCGGCCGGGGCACAGCGAGGCGGCCCCGCUUUCCGCCGGCGUUCCAUGGAGUAGGGUCCCGGACCGUUGUCCCGAAGAGCGAGAUCGAGCUGGGCCCCCUCCCCCCUCCCUUUCCCUUCUCCUUCCUUCCGCUGCAACAUGGCUAACAACAGCCCCGCGCUGACAGGCAACUCGCAGCCGCAGCACCAGGCGGCCGCCGCUGCGGCCCAGCAGCAGCAGCAGUGCGGCGGCGGCGGCACCACCAAGCCGGCGGUCUCGGGCAAGCAGGGCAACGUGCUGCCGCUGUGGGGCAACGAGAAGACCAUGAACCUGAACCCCAUGAUCUUGACCAAUAUCCUGUCGUCGCCUUACUUCAAAGUGCAGCUCUACGAGCUCAAGACCUACCACGAGGUGGUAGACGAGAUCUACUUUAAGGUCACGCAUGUUGAACCAUGGGAGAAAGGAAGCAGGAAAACAGCAGGCCAAACAGGGAUGUGCGGAGGGGUUCGAGGUGUUGGAACAGGAGGAAUUGUUUCUACAGCUUUUUGCCUGUUGUACAAAUUAUUUACUCUGAAGUUAACUCGAAAGCAAGUGAUGGGUCUUAUAACUCACACAGACUCUCCAUAUAUUCGAGCCCUGGGAUUUAUGUAUAUAAGGUAUACACAACCCCCUACAGAUCUAUGGGACUGGUUUGAAUCCUUCCUUGAUGAUGAAGAGGACCUAGAUGUGAAGGCUGGUGGAGGCUGUGUAAUGACCAUUGGAGAAAUGCUGCGGUCUUUUCUGACAAAACUGGAGUGGUUUUCUACCUUGUUUCCAAGAAUUCCAGUUCCAGUUCAGAAGAAUAUCGAUCAACAGAUAAAAACCCGGCCUAGAAAAAUCAAGAAAGAUGGGAAAGAAGGUGCUGAGGAGAUAGAAAGACAUGUUGAACGCAGACGUUCAAGGUCUCCAAGGAGAUCACUGAGUCCACGGAGAUCCCCAAGAAGGUCAAGAAGUAGAAGCCAUCAUCGUGAGGGUCAUGGGUCUUCUAGUUUUGACAGAGAAUUAGAAAGAGAGAAAGAACGCCAGCGACUAGAGCGUGAAGCCAAAGAAAGGGAGAAAGAAAGGCGAAGAUCCCGAAGUAUUGAUAGGGGGUUAGAACGCAGGCGUAGCAGAAGUAGAGAAAGGCAUAGAAGUCGUAGUCGAAGUCGUGAUAGGAAAGGGGAUAGAAGGGACAGGGAUCGGGAAAGAGAAAAAGAAAAUGAGAGAGGCAGAAGACGAGAUCGUGACUAUGAUAAAGACAGAGGGAUUGACCGAGAAAAAGAGAGAGAUCGAUCGAGAGAAAGGUCAAAGGAACGGAGAAGUAGGGGUGAGGUAGAAGAGAAGAAACAUAAAGAAGACAAAGAUGAUAGGCGGCAUAGAGACGACAAAAAAGAUUCCAAGAAAGAGAAAAAACACAGUAGAAGUCGAAGUAGAGAAAGGAAACAUAGGAGUAGGAGUAGAAGUAGAAAUGCAGGAAAACGAAGUAGAAGCAGGAGCAAAGAGAAAUCAAGUAAACAUAAAAAUGAAAGUAAAGAAAAAUCAAAUAAACGAAGUAGAAGUGGCAGUCAAGGAAGAACUGACAGUGCUGAAAAAUCAAGAAAACGGGAACAUAGUCCCAGCAAAGAAAAACCUAGGAAGCGUAGCAGAAGCAAAGAACGUUCCUACAAAAGAGAUCAUGGCGAUAGUAAGGACCAGUCUGACAAACAUGAUCGUCAAAGGAGCCAAAGUGUAGAACCGGAGAACCAAGAAAAACAACAUAAAAACAAAGAUGAGACUGUGUGAAAAUUUUUUUGUAAAAGUGGAUCACAUUGAAUCCUAUAAAUGUUUGAUGAAAUCUGCUUUCCCCCCCUCCCAAGUUGAGAUUGUGCUGUAGUUACGCACUCUUCAAGCUCCCUGUAGGCUGCAUUUUCAUUUCCUCUUUUGUGUAGGGAAGUGCCUUUGUAAUCCCAUAUAUUGCAUUGAUGUUUUCACCCAGUUGUUGAGUUUGAUACAUGAUGCACAGAUUGUUCUUGGAUUUUUAUUGUUUAAUUGUUUUUGAGAUGUACAGUCUGUACAUAUGUCCUGAAAAUGUUUUAAUUCCUUUGGCAUAGUUGCCAUGUUGGUUAAAUUUGUAUAAGGCAAUAAACUGCCACUAAUUCUAUUUUUGUUUUGUAGGUGUGGGAUUAUGGUUUGUGUACUGAAGUUAGCAUGGCUGUGCUUUUCGUAAUAGAAUGCUAAAGACUUUGAGAAUGAAUCUUGGAUGUCUAUUAUAGGAGAAUUAUGUGCAUUCAAUGUACACGAAGGCAGCAGUUGUAAGAUUAACAUUCUUGUCCACUGUAUAUUAUCUUGGAAGGCUCUUGUUAAUAUGUUACACUUAAUAUUCUCCACAAUUACCAUUAGAGAGAAUUUAUGAGAAGUUACUUUCUGAUACAGAGGUUUAAAUUAGGCUGUGAUUUGAUCAAAAGUCCUUUUAGCAUUCUACCUCAAAGGGACUCUGUUAGUAUGCCUAAAAUUUAUUCACAUAAUUUUCCUUUUUUAUUUGGAAAAAAAAAAAAAACAUGACAUGUAAUCUUUUUUUUUUUUUAAUUAUUUCUUGGAUUUUAAAGUACUAUAUUAAAUGAAAAAUUAAUGUCUAAAGUCUAGCAUUCUUGCAGCAACCCUAUACUAACGUGAAAUUGGGAGAGGGUGGGGCAGAUGAAUAGAGAAAUAGAGUCAAGCCUCAAGCUUCCAAAGCAUUUUUAUAAAUGGAAAAUACGUAAAUUAUGAAACAGCUUGAUAAUAGUGUCCUUUUUUUAAAAUUCAAAACUUUUUUUAUUGAUGAUGAAGAUUGCUGUUUGAGUUUUUAAACUUAAUCUAGAACAGAGAAGUAUUAUGAGUAAUGCUAUGCUGCAUUAUCUAAGAUUAUCAGCAAAUUAUUUGAUAGAUUGUUCUUAUGACUUGUAUUCUGAUUACAAAGAACCAUCAUGAGUGUGGAAUAAAUACUGGAUUAAAUCCUUUAUCCUGGGUGUUGACUUUUCCCCCAUUUGUAACUUUUUUUUUAAGUAUAUUUAUUGUGGAAAUUGUGUAGAGUGAUACCUCAGUGCCCAGAUGACAAGUGAACUUUAACAACAACAACAACAAAAGGUAGUCUAUAAUUGUAGUCAAGAAUCCUUCCUGGAGUUCUUAAUGAUGGCAUUUGUCAAUGGGUGUUGCUUGUCACUAGGGUGUUUGGUUACUUUCACACCAAAGGUGCUUUCUGAGGUACUUUGUGCUUGGAUUAUAUUUUGUAAGAUAACUUCUUCAGUUCAUUUGAAAACAGAAAGAGGCCCAAAGUGAUUUGUUGAGUAACGGCCGGGACUAUACUGAUAGUGUAUGCCAUAUUAAUACUUGUUUCAUUUUAGUUUAUAUCAGCCAACCUACAAAAGUGUUGAAUGGAGCCAACAGCUACACUUGAAAGAGUCCUUCUACAUGGACUUAACAUUUGUAUCUACCUAACUCUAGAAAAAUCUCAUUAAAUGAAAAAAAUUUCUCAUAAUGGUAUGUUUUUUUUUUUUGUUUUUUUAAGAAAAGAUGGAAUUGUCACAUUGAGCAUCAAGUGAAUGAACACUAGGUAUAUAGGAAUUAGGAAACCAUGAAAGCUAGUAGAUUAAUCUUAACCUUGAAAAUAUCUUUAUCGUAGCUAAAUUAAUGGUGCUACUCCUUUGGAUAUAGUUCCACCUGUAAUGUUAAUUAAAUGGUAUAUUUUAGCUAAAAUAUGGAAGAAUUUAUUUCAAAUAGAAGUAAAAGUAUUGUCAUAAGCUGUAUUUAAUUUUCUGUGGUUUUUAAUGUUUGCUUUUGAGGGAUAUUUUGUUACAUUAGGAGUGCAUGUAAAUAUUAGAAAAUGCCAAGUAUAUGCAUGAUUUAACCUGGGCAGCAACUUCCAAAAGAUUAGGAAAACAAGUGGCUAUGAAAGACACCCAGGGUUGAUUUAAUUAGCAGCCUCAAUCCAAUUAUUUUUUCCUGAAGUUGCUGAAAUGAUUUUACCUCUCUAUGUAUUAAUGUGUUUUCUAGUUAAAUUCUAUACAUGAGCUAGUAUGUCAGCAUUGAGAUUUUAAUAUAAAGUGUCCAUUUUAAUUUGGCGUAAUAGUUGAGUUUAGUUCCUCCAAGGUGGUGGUUCUUAACCUUUGGGUUAUGGGCUACUAUUUAGGAAUACUGAAAAACCUAAAAGGAUACAAGUUUGCAUGCAAAAGUAUCUUAGGGCUUGGGCUGUUUACUUACUGAUUCUUUGAAAGC